CGAGCGGGUCGCCUGCCUUGCCUCUGCUGAGCUGUCACCCCGCUUCACCAGCGUCCACCGCACGCAAGCGUCCGGAUCCGCGUGGCGCCUACGCCAACUAAUCCCGAGUCGCCCACGCAUCCGACCUGUCCUCAAAGGCACCGUCCGAUCCGCCUGCAAAUUUCCCUUCCGCCGCGCGCCAUCUUUCCAAAAUUUCCCCUCCGCCGCGACUCCCAUCCCUGAUCUCUCACGAGUCACGAGCACUCGCGAUCCCAUUCCCUUCUGAUCUCAAUCCCGCCGCCGCCGCGUCCACCGCAAUCGCGAUCCCAUCAGAUCUCAAUCCUGCCGCCGCCGCCGAUGAUGGCCGCUGACGGGACCCAGCUCCUGCGCGCGGGUGCCUUCGCCUUCACCUUCACCAUCGACGGCGCCAUAACCUCCGUGGUGGCGGACGACCCCGUUGAGGAGGAGCUCGCCCGCCGGCGCGACCGCGACGCAUCCAAGAAGAGGGACAGCGACGCAUCCAAGAAGAGGGACGGCGACGAGGCGAAGAAGAGGGGCCGCGACGGGGCGAAGAAGAGGGGCCGCAACGAGGGCCUUUACCGGCGGGAGGAGUCCGAUGAGGAGCGGGGGUGGUCGUCCGCGGUCGUGGAGCGCAGCCUCGCCCUGCGCCAUCGGGGAGGUUCCGCGUCCUGCUUCCACCCCCGUUGUGGCUUGAUCGUAGGCGAAGGGGCCGCCGCGUCCGGUGCGCUGGGAGUCGAAGCGGAAGCUGCUGUGGCGGCGGAGGAGCUGCUAGUUGAUCCGACCCUGGAGUUCUUCUACCUCGCCGUCCUCUAGUCAGGCUGUGGCAUGCUUAUGUCUGGACAGAUCGAGGCUCCGUAUGAGCAGCUGCUGCCCUUCAUCAGAUGCUGUAGAGGCCGUCCAGAGGGGGCCAGACUAUGUUAGUUGAGUUAAAAAUCCAAUGAACAGUGCCAAAAUCACUGCUUAAUCAGUGGAAGAUUUGCUUUGGGGAGGGGGGGGGGGGGGCAUGGCCCACCUUGGCCUUGCCUAAGCUCCGCCCCUAGAGGCUGUCAUCAGACAGUUGCUGCUACAAGAUAAGAUGGCCAGUUUAGGAGGUAGUGGUGAUGCUGCUGAUCCCAAACUGAAAAUUGGCGAUGGUGUCGAUCACUCACGCCAACAGCAUGCAGCAGGAAUGAGGUUGAAUUAUUACAACAGAGACGAACCUCCUUGUUCCUUUGAGUUUGAGCACAUUCAGAAUGGUUCAGUCUCUGCUGAUCCAUACAAGCAGUACUAUGAUGUGACAUGAUGAUUGGAAGUCAGGCUCAUCUUCCUGCACCAGCCAAAUGCUCGGAGGCCAGCACAGAAAUGGGUCCUCGUCUUCUGCCUUGCCGUGCUCUAGUCAGGCUGUGGCAUGUUUAUGUAUGGACAGGUGUCAGUGUCACUGGUUCCAGAUUUGCAGAGAUUAAGUUCUGAUUCUUAAUUUUUAGACUUAUUAAGUCAGAUUUUUAUCGAAAGUUUCAUAAUUUUCUGGUAUCUGUAGGUUCGUAUAAUCGUAUUUGUUGACUUCAUGUAAUCGAGUUCUUGUAAUCGCUCUAUGUGACAGAUUAAUCAAAGCAAUGGAUCAAAUUUGAUGUUAUUGUA